UAUUUUUCCUUAUUUUUUUCUAAACAAACAUGAGAAGUUUCACCACAUUCUUUCUCUUUUGUCUCUCCACUUCAAUCACUUUCUUUUCAAAACCUUCAACUUCUGUUUCUAAUACCUUAACAACAUCUCAAUUCCUUAGUAUCAACCAAACCUUGUUCUCCCCAAAAGGAAUUUUCCAACUCACUUUCUUUUCCUACAACAAUUUUUCAUGGUACUUAGGAAUACGUUACAACAUAGACCAUGACAAAACAGUUGUUUGGGUUGCAAACAGAAACACCCCACUUCAAAAUCCAACUGCUUUUCUCAAACUAACAAACACAGGAAACCUUAUUAUCAUCAAUGAAUCCAACAAAACCAUUUGGUCUUCAAAUCAAACCAAUCAAAAUUCCACCUUAAACACAAAUCCAAUUCUUCAGCUUUUAGAUUCUGGAAAUUUGGUUGUAACAACAGAACCAAAUGAAAAUGAUCCAACAAAUUUUCUAUGGCAAAGUUUUGAUUACCCUACAGAUACUUUGUUACCUGGUAUGAAACUUGGUUGGAACUUCGACACGAACACAGAAACACACAUAAAUUCAUGGAAACAAACAGAUCAAGACCCUUCAAUUGGUGAUAUAUCUUUCAAGAUGGAUUAUCAUGGUGUUCCAGAAAUUUUUCUUUGGAACAAAAAUAGAAGAGUUUAUAGAAGUGGACCAUGGAAUGGUAAAAGAUUCAGUGGUGUACCAGAGAUGCAACCAGUUACAGAUUCAAUUCAGUUCAGUUUUGUUGAGAAUGAACAUGAAGUUUACUAUUCGUUUUCUAUUGGGAAAGAAUCAUUGUUUUCAAGACUAAGUGUGAAUUCAUUAGGUGAACUUCAAAGGCUAACAUGGAUAAAUAGUAGAAAUAUUUGGACAAAAUUUUGGUAUGCACCAAAAGACCAAUGUGAUAAUUACAAAGAGUGUGGUCCAUUUGGUGUGUGUGACACAAAUGCUUCACCUGUUUGUAAUUGUAUUAAAGGGUUUCGACCAAAGAAUCAUCAAGCAUGGAAUUUGAGAGAUGGAUCUGAUGGAUGUUUGAGGAAUAAUGAGUUGGAUUGUGAGAGUGAUAAGUUUUUGCAUAUGGUGAAUGUGAAGUUACCAGAGACAAGUAGUGUUUUUGUGAAUAGGAGUAUGAGUUUGGUUGAAUGUGGUGAUUUGUGUAAAAGGAAUUGUUCUUGUACUGGUUAUGCAAAUAUUGAGAUUGUUGAUGGUGGAAUUGGUUGUGUUAUGUGGCUUGAUGAACUUAUUGAUAUUAGAAUUUAUCCUGCUGGUGGUCAAGAUCUCUUUGUCAGAUUAGCAGCUUCUGAUGUAGGUGAUGAUGGGGUAGGAGGAAGUUCUGAUCACAAGAUUGCUAGGGCUAUAGGCAUUAUGGUUGGUGGUGCAACUAUUAUAUUUUUGGUAUUAGGAACAUGUUACUUGUGGAGGAAGAAAAAAUUGCAAUGUCUAUUGAAAGGGAAGAGGGAGAAAAGAGGUUCAUUGGAAAGAAGUCAAGAUUUGCUUAUGACUGAGGGGGUGUAUACAAGUAAUAGAGAACAGACAAGUGAAAAGAACAUGGAUGACCUUGAAUUGCCAUUCUUUGAUUUUAAUACCAUUACAAUGGCUACUAACAAUUUCUCUGAAGAAAAUAAACUUGGACAAGGAGGCUUUGGUAUUGUUUAUAAAGGUAGGUUGAUUGAAGGUCAGGAGAUUGCAGUGAAGAGAUUAUCAAAAAAUUCCGGUCAAGGCGUUGAUGAAUUCAAGAAUGAGGUCAGGUUGAUUGUCAAGCUUCAACAUCGAAAUCUUGUUCGGUUACUUGGUUGCAGCUUUCAGAUGGAUGAGAAGAUGCUAGUGUAUGAGUACAUGGAAAAUAGAAGCCUUGAUGCCAUUUUAUUUGACAAAGCUAAAAGAUUUUCGCUAGAUUGGCAAACACGCUUCAACAUUAUAAGCGGAAUAGCUAGAGGACUUCUGUAUCUUCACCAAGAUUCUAGAUUUAGGAUCAUCCAUAGAGAUCUUAAGGCAAGCAACAUUCUACUUGAUGGAGAGAUGAAUCCAAAGAUAUCAGACUUCGGGAUGGCAAGAAUAUUUGGCACGGAUCAGACAGAGGCAAAUACAGUUAGAGUUGUUGGAACAUAUGGCUAUAUGUCUCCAGAGUAUGCUAUGGAUGGAAUCUUCUCAGUGAAAUCUGAUGUUUUCAGUUUUGGUGUUCUUGUGAUGGAAAUCAUAAGUGGAAAAAAGAACCGAGGUUUCUAUUCUGCAAACAAAGAAUUAAAUCUUCUUGGUCAUAGUUGGAAGUUGUGGAAUGAAGGAAAUGCUUUGGAGCUGAUUGACUCUUCUAUUGUUAAUUCAUAUUCACCAGCUGAGGUUUUUAGAUGCAUACAAGUUGGGCUAUUAUGCGUACAAGAGCGAGCAGAAGAUAGGCCAACAAUGUCUUCAGUGGUGUUGAUGUUGAGUAGUGAAACAGCAACAAUAGCCCAGCCUAAAAACCCUGGGUUUUGCCUAGGAAGCAAUCCUGUGGAAACUGAUUCAUCCUCAAGUAAACAAGAUGAAUCUUGCACUGUGAACCAAGUUACUGUCACAAUGGUAGAUGGUAGAUAGUGGAAGGCAGGGUCAAUGAACUUGUGAUUCAUAGGAUAGGAUUGGUAGUGAUAUUUGCUUACAUAGAAAAGCAAUUUACUUGGCUUUCAAUUUUUAUUUUUUUUUGGGUAAAAUUUAAAGGAAAAAGUAUUGAUUCAUUACAAACCCAAAAGGUGGCUUAAUAUAAUUUUUUUUAUAUAUCAAA